AUGUACGGCUGCACAACCGGAGAUCCUGGGUUCGCGGAUUACCGCAAUGCCGGGCAUCUGGUAGUGGGUAAAAUGAAAACGAGGAUAGCACUGCUAGUCUUGGCGAGCACAGCUCUAGUGAGCUGUCUCCCUCCCCCACAUCCCGCAGUGAUUGCUGUCCGGCAAGCUGAAGAACUCCUGCCGCCACACCAGAGAAGUCCAGCACUCAGAAAUCCUCACUUACUACACACUCUUGAGCUAACUAGUCUUUUACACAAGGGAGAAAAUCCGGUUUUCGAUAGAGAGGCAGACAAAGUGCCUCGGAACGAGAUCUACAAAAUCUUGACUCAUGCAGGCUUUAUAGGACGCCGGAAUCUCAUCAAUGAGUAUCCUUCUUGGCCGUAUUCCUACGCUCAUAAUUACCCUAAAAGUAAUGAUUCCCCAUUUGGAUUCAAUCCUGACUUAUUGCAAUACUUA